AUGCUUGCAAGUUCUCAACUUGUUAGAAAUAAAAGUCGUAUUCUUUUCAAGAGAUUCAAUAGUUCGGUUAAAACGACUGGAUUCAAAUUGAGGGAAUCGGAUCUGCCCAAGAAUGCCACAAUAUUCAGUUUAAUUCAACCUACUGGCAAGUUCCAUUUAGGUAAUUACCUUGGUGCUGUGAGGGUCUGGAAAGAUAUUACCGAUUUAAAGGACGAUGGAACGACUCUACUAUUUGGAACUGCGGAUCUUCAUGCCAUCACCGUACCGAAGCCCAAUGCUAAAGAGUUUCGAAAUUACAGGAUAGAGGCUAUUGCUUCUAUUUUAUCAAUUGGGAUAGAUCCAGAAAAAGCUAUUGUAUUCCACCAAUCUAGGGUGAGUCAACAUACAGAAUUGCAUUGGUUACUAUCUUCUCUUGCAUCCAUGGGUUCGUUGAAUAGAAUGACGCAAUGGAAAUCCAAAUCAAAUAUAAACGACCAGUCUGAUGAUGCUGCUCUUGGAGCUAUUAAACUGGGUUUGUUUUCAUACCCUGUGUUGCAAGCAGCUGACAUCUUACUUUACAAAUCUACUCAUGUUCCAGUCGGUGAUGAUCAAUCACAACAUUUAGAACUGACAAGACAAUUGAGUAACACUUUUAACAAAUUCUACAAAACCAAAUAUUUCCCGAUGCCCACAACAAUCUUGGCACCUACGAAGAAGAUUCUGUCUCUGUUAAAUCCUGAGAAGAAGAUGUCUAAAUCAGAUACUAACCAGAAUUCUGUCAUAUAUAUAACUGACGAACCCGAGAUAAUUGCCAAGAAGAUAAAAAGAGCGGUCACUGAUUCCAUCUCAGAUAGUUUUUAUUUUGAUCCAGUAAAGCGUCCAGGCAUUUCUAACCUGAUAAAUACUUUGUCAGGAGUGCAAAGAGUGUCAAUUGAAGAUGUGGAAAAGGAUAUUGCACAUAUUAAAGAUCACAAAGACUUCAAACAGCACGUUACAGAUGUGUUAGUUGAAGAGUUGGCACCUUCUCGUGAGCAAUUCCAUAGGUACAUGAAGAACCCAGACUAUCUACAUAAGGUAUCAGAAGAUGGUGCCUCAAAGGCUCGUGAAAUCGCUGCGAAAAAUAUUACUGAGAUUAAACGCAUCAUGGGUUUCCUAUAG